ACAUUCAUAAUAAAAUAGGUCAGUAAAUGUUACACAACUGAGUAUAGAUUUGCAAAACACUUACGGAUCGAGAUUGCAGUUUCAUAUCCUUACUUGCAUACAUUUAUAUAGGCAAUGCAUAUUUGGAAUAGUUUAAUUUUGUUUUUGAAAUGGUACAUUUGAUUCUUGGGUAAUAGGUUUGGCAAUACAUAUUGAAAGACAAUAGUGGUAAAAGUUAUCUACCCAGUCUGUCUCACAGUCCGCUUUAAUGACAAAAAUUAAUGAAAACAAAAUGCUGUGUCAUUCAAACAGAACUCUGGAGCAAAGGUACUUGUAGCUGUUCUGACAACAAUACCCUUAUGGGAUGCCAUGCCUUCCUUCCAUUCCAUUAAACAUUCGGAUCAUAUUGAUUUAUGGCCCAUUCCUGUCUUACAAGAUAUGAAGCGUUUUAUCAUUCCCUUCUUUUAAUUUUGUUAGAAACCUGAAUAAAUUCUUUAUAGCAUAUAGAAGAAGUCAUACUGACCAAGAACUGUUUUAAAGAUAAGUGUCUCUUUGAUUAAACGACAUUGUGUUUAGCCCGAGAUGAUGCAAUGAGACUGGAAGUGAAUUCUUAGCACCACAUUAAAUCCAGACGAAUGAGGGAGCUUUCCCUCAAAGCAAAGUGAAUCUUUAAUGCUGCAAGGAGCUUUUCGUGUGCAAGCCACGUGAUGCACCCACAAAGUGUCUGCAGAGUGGGAAGACCAGUGUGCUCCCCCAUAUGAAAGACAUGAAAGCCCCCCUAUCCCAUUGUUCCCACCUCGCACACCCUCUCACAGUCGGUUGCUGGAUGAGAACUUUGAGCCCCGUGAGGCACAAUCAGUGCCUGCUAUCUACUGCAUGACAUAAAUGCAGUGUUCUGGUGUUAUAGAUGUGAUAUUUAGUUCUUACUUUGUCCCUCAAGGUGUGAUGUUCCUCCGCUGCAAUUCUAAAGUAGAUUGUUACCACUCUGCGGCAAAGUUAUCUUGUUCCUAGAUAUCUGUGUCUGUUUAAUUCACCCACUAUCUCAGUGUUAUCUUGUUUCUGCAUCUGAAUGCAAAAGCAUUCUCGCCUUAUUUCUACAGUGUUACAUUGUUAUUUAGUCAAGCGCGUUCUGUUCAUGCAAACACGUGCAUAUGAAGAGCAGUGCCAAUAUGGCAUUGCAGUGAUUUAGUAACCCCUUAACAAAUUGCAAUAAUUUUAAUGCUUUCACCUAUGCAAUAAGCUGCUUUUUAUACAACUGGCAGGGUAAAUUGUGAUUUUUAGUUGGUCUUUUGUACAGCAAAAUGAUAUAUUCAUGCAAAUAAGUGAUUGCAGAGUGGGCAGUUAAUGGAUUGUAUCCGUCUGCCCUUAUUAUUAUGGGCAGACUGAUACAUUAGCAGCAAAUAUAUUAAACAAUAAUAACAGUGACGAACAUGGUAAGAUGAAACUUGGUAAGCAGAAUGUGAUGAGUAUAAGUGAUGAACUUAACAGAGGUUGCCAUCUGUUGGACAAUCCUCAUCUACCCUCGCGCUCUCUCACUUGCUCCCUUUCGUUUACCUCUGCGAAUUUCUCAUCCAAACCUCAAUCACGUAUGAUUGCGUAGAGAGAGAGAGAGAGAGAGAGAGAGAGAGAGAGAGAGAGAGAGAGAGAGACCAUCACACCCCAAUCAUUGCCUCACUGCCAGUGUAGCACCGGCAGCACUCGUGUCGAGGAAAGAAUUACAUAUUUUCCCAUAAACGGAGAGAUGGAGUUAUUAGCGUUUUCGUUGCGCUGGACAGCUGACCCAUGAUUGACAUUUUUGAGCAGAAUAAAGGACUUUGACCAGAAGAACAACGCGAUAAACGCCAGCAUAAGAACUAUGAAGAGCUUUGAAAUCAUUUGGUCAGAGAGAGCUCAGAAAUGUAUAAGUUGUAGACGCGUCACCCAUACACCCGUAUAGUGCCCAACAACGCGCAAUCUUUUGUCAUGGGCUACGUAUAUAAUCUGGAUUUAUGCAAAAAUAUAUGUGCGUUCGCAAUGAACUAGACAUGUGGAUUAUGUAGCAGUCGCACGAGAGAGGAAUUGCGCGUCACCGGGAUAUACCUGCGCGACAGGUUACAUUAUCGCUUCACAUAGGUCGCAUUUUUUAAUGUAAAGAAAUCUUUGAUCUUGCACGAACAGAGAGCACAUGGAGAACAGAAAAUGUGCAUGAGAUAUAAUCUUGCGUGAAACUCACGCACAACCACCUGGCUGUAUUGUUUUUGGUGAACAGGAUGAAAUUUCAGCCUUAAUUCACGGAAUCCUCUGGAUUUUUCGUAUGGGACUCCAAAUGAGAUUUGGCUAGCGGACAAUUCAGUCUCGUUUCAUUCACUCACUCCCCGUUACUGCGUUAACAGCUGCGCAAGUCGACCAGCUCGUUUAAUUUGAUACUCGACAUGGCCGCGAUCGCCAGUUCCCUCAUCCGACAGAAACGCCAGGCGCGGGAAUCCAACAGUGACCGAGUCUCUGCCUCCAAACGCCGCCCCAGUCCCAGCAAAGACCCCCGCUCUCUGUGCGAGCGACAUUUCCUGGGGGUCUUCAGUAAAGUCCGCUUCUGCAGCGGAAAGAAAAGACCUGUUCGCCGGCGACCAGAUGCGCCCUCGAAACCUCCACAGGUGUCCCGUAAGGGCGUCAGGCUAGAGCCGCAGCUGAAAGGCAUUGUGACACGACUGUUCAGCCAGCAGGGUUUUUACCUGCAGAUGCAGCCAGACGGUGCGCUCGAUGGCAUCAAGGAUGAGAACAGCGACUUCACUCUUUUCAACCUCAUCCCCGUUGGCUUAAGGGUGGUGGCCAUCCAAGGAGUGAAAGCAGGUUUCUACAUCGGCAUGAAUGCGGAGGGUUACCUCUACAGCUCAGAGAUGUUCACACCCGAGUGUAAAUUCAAGGAGUCCGUCUUUGAGAACUACUACGUGAUCUACUCAUCCACCAUGUAUCGCCAACAGGAGUCAGGUCGAGCUUGGUUCCUGGGCUUAACCAAGGAGGGUCAAGUCAUGAAAGGGAAUCGAGUAAAGAAAACCAAACCCUCUUCACACUUUCUACCAAGACCAAUUGAAGUUUGCAUGUACAGAGAGCCUUCACUGCAUGAGAUUGAAGAGAAGCAACGCUCCAGGAAAAGCUCAGGAACUCCAACAAUGAACGGAGGCAAAGCGGUGAACCAGGACUCCACAUAGCAGGGCCCAAUUCAGGAGGCCUCUCCCCCUGCUCCUCACGCCUCGGGAAUCGAACCACACGCUACAACGGAAUGACGAUCUGAACUCUUGCCUGUGAAAACUUUUAGAAGAACACAGAGAGGAAAAGACACAAAAACGUUACAGCUCCAAUCAGGACUUGAACUCACAUUUUAUGCAAAAAAGCUCAAUGGGCAGUCAUGUGAUUCACAAUAAUAGUAAUAUUCCUUGUUUGGGAUUAAUGCUGUGAGAAAUGAGCUUCAAAACAUGAUCAUCUGUUUAUCUCCAUGUGAAUGCUUUAGCACUUUUUCCAUGCUUUUCUUAUUUAUUGACAUCAAGAAAAAAAAUGAAAAAUGUUCUCUCUUUGCUCAAUGUCAUUAAUGUUAUUUCUGCUUUUGGUUUUUGUGGAGAUUUGAAGUAUUUGGGAUUUUGUAUUCUUUGAAAUGUAUAUGCACUUUGGAACUUCAAACAGGGAUGUCAAGUGGGUGAAUGUAGAAAAAAUGUGCUCAGUAAUUCAGGUUAUAAAACUGAAUUACAAAAUGAUUUUGAUUUUUUUAUGCAUUAAGCUGCUAACAUAUUGGUAAGUUAUUGUCCAUGCAACACUUUAUUUAAAAAAAACUUGCCAUGCUGCACAUGUGUCCAGCACAAGUUGUGUGCGUGCUGCCAUGUUUAACUCCUCCAGACUGCAGCUUGGUUUCAGCUGUAGUGCAAUGCAAUACUAUAUGAUGGACAGCUUGGAGUAGAAAGUUGGACGUUUCCUGUGAAUUCUUCACAAAGCAAACCCGAAGCAACUGAACAAACCCCCCUGUACUUCUAAUUUAGUGCAAAAUCUAACAAAUAAUAAUUUUGAACUCAGGAAGCCCUACUUUUUAGAUGUGUGACCCAUUCACAGCCCUGUCCAGUUCAAAGCACAAAGGCUGGUGAUGAUGACCCAUAUAGGGCUAUCCAGCCAGUCGGCCUGGACAGGGCAGGUGGAUUGUGGGUUGUUAACACAUAGGUGCAGUGGCAAAAAAGUUUGUCAUUUAUAAGUCUUCCACUAAAAAUAGCAUAAGAGCUGUGCCCAAGUCUGCAGCAAACACACUUAAAAUACAUGAGUCAUAAGAAACAGUGCGUCGAUGCUUAACCGAGAACUGGUCAGGUGGACAGUGUGUAAAAACAGGCACGUGUCAAGAAUCUCUAGAUCUAAUGAGUUUCCAGAAAAGAAAACACUGUUAUUGUGAGUGUUUCCCUAUGUACAAACAGAACUCUUUAUUUUUCAUGUUUGCAGAUGUUUUCACCUUACUGAAACACUAUCAUAUAUGCAUUAUGAAUAAUGAGAUGUAUAAAACAUGCAUUGAUAUAAUAAAGCAGAAUGAAAUUAGGAUUGUUUAAAAAUAAAAGUAUGAUACAUAAA